CGUGACGUCAUUGUUGGGAUAUUUUCAAGAUGGCGCUGGACCGGGGACGGAAUGCCGCUGCUGCAGCCAAACGCUGAGGGAUUUGAUUAAUCUACUGCCUAGCGGCGACGUUAACUUCGCAAGACGGAGAAAAAUAUUGUUAUUUCAGACCCCCAGAAAUGAACAUGUUACAUCCGGCGAGUGUCAGGUAACGUUGAAGUAUCCCUGGCUAAAAUGGUAGCCCCUUCCUCCAAGAACAACAAAACCUGCUGCUGCUGCUGCUGCUGUUGCUGCUGCUGCUGCCGCGGAGCUCGGCCAACGGGGCAGGAGGACUCGUCGCAGGAUUUUACGCCCGCGGCCGAGGCUCGCCUGGCGGACUGAGCGGUCAUGGAAACGACGAAGGAGAACGGAGGGUCGUUUGCCGUCGACUUGAACGAGAACGAAGAAAGAGGGGGGAAAGCGGGUCAUAAAUCUUACAUCUCGCUCAAAGACCACAGCACAGCGCUGCUAGCCGGUGUCGGCGGGGGUCAGGAAGCUGGGAAGGGGCAUAUUUAUGUGACCGGUAACGGGAGGAAUGUAAACAGAGACGCCUCGGUACAGCCGCCCCCGCACAAGAGGGAGAUGUUGGAUUUGGCCGCGGCGGAGAAGUACCUCCCCGGCCAGUUCACUGACAGCUGUGGGAUUUCGGAGGUUUGCGGCGACCACGGCGGCCUGAACGGAUUUACUGAGUCAUUCGGCCAGGAGGAGCCGACAAUGGUCGGGCUGGAAGGAGGAGGAGGUGGAGGGGAAGGAGGAGGGCUCGGCCUCGGCCUCGCGGGGACCACAGCCGCUUCCUGUCCAGCUGUGCUUGUGGGUCGGGUUUCGGCAGAGACGGACCGACAGAUGCGGCAGCACCCUGCAGGGGAGAGGGAAGGGGAUUCUGGCGGCGUUACCCCGGGAGCAGAGGCGGCUGACGGUGGCGCAGUCACCGGCUGUAUCGGGACUUCUCUCCCCAGCGAUCGGCUGCCAUGCACGGGGAAGCACCAGCGGAACUGCACUUGCACCGCGGCGGCCCUCCCGUGUCCUGAUGUAAACAUGCCCAACGGGGGUGUUGACAGCCCGGGGUACGGCGGUCCCGGAGCGGAUAUCGCUUCUUACUGUAAACAGACCGGGAUGUUUGCCAGCCCGUUGCCGGGCCAGAGACUCGGUUUAUGCGACGUGGAAGUGAAAGUAGCCAACGGUGGUUUGCACAUCGUGAACGAUCCCAGAGCAACAUGUGACUGGCCCGACUCUGACUGUCCCCCCGAAAACAACACCGACACCCAUUUCGACCUGGGAGCAAGGCAGGAAAACGGGGCUGGGUCGGGAUUUUGCCCGAGGAGCCAAAGCGACUGCAGCGGAACAUUUGUCUCUCAGUGCCCGGGGGAGGAUGCGCCAGCUGCGGCAGAGCUUCCUCACUUCGAUCCCUCCUCCCCGGCCCCAUCCAAGGGCGCCCCCACCCUGGGAUCAAGUGCCAAACUCCCCUCGCCCGGCCCGCCGACCCUCUGCAACGUGUACGGUGACAGCCCGGUCUCUGAACCGAACAUCAGGGAGGAUGAGGAGGAUUUCAGUGACCUCAGUUUACCCGUCAGACCGCAGAGUCUGAGGACUAACCCUAACCACGCGGUGUCCCUCAGCUGUGAUGCCACCCCGUUGUCCCCCGACGAGGACGGGGGCUUUUAUUUUGGAGACGAGGGGUAUGAGGAGGACUUUCGAAACGUUUUGGAAGCGGGUCGCAGGCAGAGCGCUCCAGACAAGAUGCCGGACCUGACAGAACAGACGGACAGCUCGGACUCCAAGCUGAUGCCAAAGAGGUUCGGCAUCGCUGAUUUCUUCACCAGGAGCCUGUUUUCUAGGAAAUCCAAAGAAUCCAAGGCGCUGUCCCAUAAUGCAACAGGGUGGCGACUGUUUGGCAAGACAGCAGCCAGAGAGGGCGAUCCAACUAAAGACCCUGCCUCCACGUUGUCCACAGAGCAGUGUCCACAGGAGGAGCAGCAGCAGGACUCCGAUGUGUCCUCGUGUCCUCAGCUUCCCCUGGCUGCAGGGAGGAGGAAGAACCUGGAGUUUGAGCCUCUUUCCACCACAGCUCUCAUCCUGGAGGACCGGCCAGCGAACCUACCUGCCAAAUCUAUGGAGGAAACUCAGAGACACAAAAUGGAGUACGAGGAGAUGGUGGCAGGAGCCAAGAGGAGAGAGAUGAAGGAAGCCCAGAGGAAGAAGCGUCAGAUGAAGGAGAGACACAGACAGGAGGACAGCAUCUCCAACGCCAUGGUCAUCUGGAACAACGAGAUCCUGCCCCACUGGGACACCAUGAAGGGAACGAGGCGGGUCAGGGAGCUCUGGUGGCAGGGGCUUCCUCCCAGUGUCAGAGGAAGAGUAUGGAGCCUCGCCAUCGGCAACGAGCUCAACAUCACGCCAGAGCUGUAUGAGAUCUUCCUGUCCAGAGCCAAAGAGAAGUGGAGGAGUUACAGUGAAACCAGUUCAGUCAAUGACAGUGAGAGUGAAGGGGCGUCUCUGGCUGACAGAGAGUCCAGUCUGGACCUCAUCAAACUGGACAUUUCCAGAACAUUCCCCUCUCUCUUCAUCUUCCAGAAGGGCGGUCCCUACCACGACCUCCUCCACAGUGUACUGGGGGCUUACACCUGUUACAGACCCGACAUUGGCUACGUCCAGGGCAUGUCCUUCAUCGCUGCUGUUCUGAUCCUCAACCUGGAGGAGGCCGAAGCCUUCAUCACCUUCGCCAACCUGCUCAAUAAACCCUGUCAGAUGGCCUUCUUCAGAGUCGACCACGAACUGAUGUUGAAGUAUUUUGCAGCCUUUGAGGUUUUCUUUGAGGAGAAUCUGCCUCGUCUCUUCAGCCACUUCCAAACCAACAACCUGACCCCUGACCUCUAUCUGAUCGACUGGAUCUUCACCCUCUACAGUAAGUCCCUCCCUCUGGACGUGGCGUGCCGGGUGUGGGACGUCUUUUGUCGGGACGGAGAGGAGAGUUUGUUUCGGACGGGGCUGGGUAUCCUGCGUCUGUUCGAGGAUGUCCUGCUCCAGAUGGACUUCAUCCACAUCGCUCAGUUCCUAACCCGCCUGCCGGAGGACCUGCAGUCACACACACUCUUCACCGCCAUGGCCAACACACACAUGGUCAGCAGAAACCGCCGCUGGGCUCAGGUGUUUUCUGCUUUGAUGAAGGAUGGAAAUAAAGAGAUCGACAAAAACACCAGCCCGGCUUUGAGAAGCUAACACUAGCUAACCUUGACGCUAAUGCCACCUUUCUUCAAACUAAUGUCAUACGCGAGCUGUGAAGGUUGAAGCUCGUGCUAGCUCGCCAUGUCAGCACUGAAGCUAACAUCAGAGGCUAGCUGUGAAGCUUGAAGCUACGUAGCCUGGCGCUAAACUCUCACUCCAGUGGCGUAGCUACGAAGCUUGAAGUGAACACUAGCCAGCCAUGAAGAUGGAAGCUGAUGUCAGAGGCCGAACGAGCCGUUGCAUCAGGUCAGGAGAAGAGAGAAGCGGCUCCAGCGUUUCCUGAAAUCAGUGUUGGAACCCAAAGCGGUUGGUUAAUUCUAAACUUCAGCAGCCAUUGUCAGUAUUUCACCAGACAGAUUAUACGUUGGAGAAGCAACUGGUUGUUUCAGCAGCAGUGUCAUUAUUUUACCAGCCUACUGAAGCUGGAACAUUAAAACUGACUUUCACAUAAUAUUAUAUGUUAUUUCCCCUGCCGGCUGGGAGGGAAAACUCACUAAAUGGCCUGUGGUAAUUCUGCCUCCAUGGUGGGACACAAACACCACUAACACCGAGCAUUACGCCCUGUGUAAUUCUCAAAGACUCAAAUUCUAAUUUUCGGUGCUAAUGAUUUUCUAAAGGCUUCAAAAUGACCUCUGUGGUUUAAUUAUUAAUGUAGGUCCUUAGGGUUUUAACUUCACACUAUUAUUCAUUUGCUGCAUUUUUAGCUUGAACCAGGCCUCUGGAGCUAAAAAUGAUGGGAAUCUGCAGUAGCAUGGCUGAUGCUAAUAUACUGGUUGUAGCCUCCCACUUUAACCUCUUAGCUUUUUAAAAUGUUCAUAUGUAGGCAAAAAAAAAACCUGAACAUGGGAAGUUUGGAAACUAAACACAGAAAAAAGCUUGGGGAAAUUGGGAAAUCAUUUUGUACAAUGUAGUGUUUCUGAUCAUUACUUAUGAAUCAAAUAAUAUACAUCUCAGAGAUCCUAAUUAAGUACAAGCAGGAUAUGACUAAAUAUUUUGAUGUUUUUACAGGAAAUUAAUUAUUCCGUGGGGCUCAAGUCAAAAAGUCUUUUCUACAUGUGUUAAAUACUUUAAAACGUCAUUCUGGAUAUAAAAAUUUAACUGUUUAGGGGGUAUAAAUGCAGAAAAUGAGUGAUUGUGGAUGUAGAAAUUCAGUCACUGUUGGUGUUUAACCAGACAGAUCGUUUGAUGUUUUAGAGUAAAAAAGAAAACAUCUGGUAGAGAUUCUGGUCUGUAUCCUAUUUAUCACAGUUAGCUCUGCUUGUAAGUCAUCAACAUGAAUUCACGAAAUGUGGAUUCAUGUCCAACGGAGCUGAAAAGACAGAAAUGUCAGCUUUUGAUAAUGUUGUUUGGGUCAAAAUGAUCCAUAAUCCUGCGGAACCACAGUGAGCCAACAGUAAAUGUAGGAGUGUGGGGCCAUCACAGUUUUCUUCAGUGUUUCAAGGACCAGAUUUACCCUGAGAGCACUUUAUAAAUGCAGCACUGAAGCUACAUCAACACUGGCUUUUAGAGGUGUGAAACUACACAGAGCGAGUUCAAAGUCAACUAAAUUAACGGGGCAUUAAGUGCCUCAUUGUUUCCUCGGUCAGUGGUGAGAGGGAAUUAAACUAGACGACCAAGAUUGCCAAUUAGAGUAGAUUAGAUAGAAACAUCAUGCAAAUACUGGAGCAACAGUACUGGCUUGGCUUUUAGCGUAUACUAGUGUUGGCUUGAGAAUGAAGCUUGUUAUUCUUUGCAGCAGAACUUUUCUCGCUUGUUUCAUCGCCUGUGAAAUGGCAAGAAUAAAUUUCAGCAGCAGACUGGAGGUUCAUGUUGACGAACAACUCUUAAGCAUUUUCACUUCCUCGUAUAAAGAUGCUAGAACAUGUGCAGGCGUUUUUUUUUAUUAGUAUUUUUUACUUACCACGGGAGAGUGCUUAUAUACUUUAUUUUAACAGCACGUAUGUGUCGAGACCAGAAUAUCUUCCUCUAGAACUUCAGGUUUGGCUAAACACAACUCUUCCAAACUUUCUGUUGUUUUGUUCAGUCUGCUGCUGAACUUACUUCACAUCCAAUAUACUGCCCCCCACUGUUUAUUGGCUUAACUGCAAAUUGCAGACACAUAACUCGAGCUGAAACGAUUCAUCAGUUAUUUGAACAUUGAUUAAUCGGGACUCAAACAUCCUCUGAAUCCAGCUUCUUAAAUGUGACAUUUUUCUUUAUAUUAUUGGAAAUUGAGUUUUGGACUGUUGGUCAGACAAAACAAGAAAUUUCCAGUCAUCCUGGGCUCUGUGAAAUUGGACAUUUAAUAUUUUCUGAUUAUUUUAUAGAUAAAACAAUUAGGGCUAAAACUAACGAUUAUUGCCAUUUUCGAUUAAUCUGCUGAUUAAUUGUUUGCUCUAAAAUAUGUUAGAAAACAGUGAAGAAUGUCCAUUACAAGAGCACACAGUGAUGUCUGGAAAUUGGUUGUUUCGUUCGACCAACAGUCCAAAAACCAACGAUAUUCAGUUUACUGUCAUAGAAGUCUAAAAACCCCAGCAAGUGUUCACAUUUGAGAGGCUGUUUUGUGAUUGUCUGUCGUUUAUAGAGCUGAAACAAUUAGUCGAUUAACAGAAAAUGAAUCCAUUAAUUGAGAAAAUUAUCGGCAGAUUAAUGGAUAAUGAAAUUAUUUAGUUGCGACCGUAUGUUGCCCUGUCAGGUCUCGCGGCCUGCUGAAGUGCUUUACAUCACCUCCGUCUCCGCUCUGUCACUUUGUACACUUUGUGUUUAACACUCCUUUGAUUUACCACACACUAUAAAUGUAACAUUCAGCUCCAUUUCAUCCCUACCUCUCGAUAACUAUACACCCACACACACACACUACUGAUGAAUACUUUCCACUUACUCACCAGCAAAUGAGCAGGCCUUAAAAAUGUGGACCAAGCAGCCUCUUUGUAGUGUUCUUACAGUGUCAACCACCGUGUGGACUGCAGCUUGCUUCAGUUGUUAAAGCAGGAAACUCACUGGUGACAACGAGCAACCCUGGAGGAAGGGAGAGGAAGAGGAGGUGGUAGAAGGAAACGAGACAAGAGAUGAGGCAGUUAGGGAGUUUAUUCCUACAUUAUAUUUUUAAGUUCCUUUUUUUUAGUUUAACUAGUUAUUAAGUAAUGAUAACUACCCAGUUCCUCUUCAUCAUUUUAUUUUCAAACAAACCAAAAAGAAAAACACCGCUGAAGGAAAGAGCAACAAGACCUUGAGCGAUUACUUAACACAGAUUUUGUCACUGCUGUUGUGUACAGCGAUAAAAUGGAAAUUAAUUGCCAGCAGAGUAACACGUAUUAAUACUUUGAGAAGACGGCGAGGGGUGUAGAGGGAAAGUUAAACCGCGUCUCUCAGCCGAGCUUUUCCUCCAGGUUGCUGCUUCUGAGUUUUUCUGCAUCGUACCAGUGUCGCACCAGAAAUAAGGGUUUGUUGUUGUACAUCAACCAACCAGAAGCCAGUCUGUGUCCAGGUCGACAACCCGGCUGGCGUCAGUGUUUUGGGGGGAAAACUCACCACCCAGCUGCAUUGUAUGUGUUGAUGUUUGUAUGAACUGCCAAACGCUGUGUUCACUGAAUCGCUCAAAGAAGUGGUUUGGAUUCAGUGGAGGAGAUAUAUUUAUGUGUUCGCUUCACGUUCCUUCAGGCAGUGUGGAAACUGCAGAAACUCCUACAAAUGAUCUCAUACCUUCCAGUAACGGACAGCCUCACAGUCUUCUCAGCUGUUUUUGUAAGUUUUAUUUUGAAAAACACACAACACUUCCUCAGUUGACUUCCCAAAGUGUUAAUUAAGCACUUGACAACAAAAGACAAAGACUGGGAAUUAGGUUCGAUUCCAAACGGUUUCCCCCAGACUGAGUCAGCAGGAGAGCUGUUGGAAGCAGCAUGAUUUCAUACAGUUGCUGUCCCAUUAACCGUGAAGUCACAUAUUCAACACAUGCAUCAUUCAGCGCAGGUCCUUCAAGGCUAUGAAAGAGCAGUUAAAGGUGAAAAUCUGCGAGUUUUUUUUUUUUUUUUUUUAACCCACAUUGGUUCCUCAGUUACGAGCAGCACUUCCUGAUUUAUUUCAGCUCACAGCUUUCGAAGGUGACUGGUAAUUAUUAUUAUUAUUAUGUAUUAGCAGUAACCGUUUACUCUGCAAGAAGACUCCAGACUUCUAUUAAUCUCUCACUCUGGUAGCAUAGCACAAACCGGACGGACUGAUGUGACCAGUGUGACUCUGUGGUUGAUUUCUUAUUAUUUUCAACACAUCUGUGAGCGACAAGUUUCAACGUGUUACUUCUCAACAGAGUGAAGAGUGUCUUAUCGUUGCGGAGGGUUGAAAACCUUUUAUCUCCAAACUGUCAUCACAAUUUUCAGUUAUGGAUUAAUAAUCCUUCUCAGGAUCCAUGAGCCAAUUACUAUUCUCGACCUUUAAGUUGAACUUGAAAAUGGCCAAAAUUGGAGUUACAUGGUUCUUAGACAACAAUGGUAUCCAUUCGCCACCCAAAAAUCCUCAGUCAGCAUGUGGAAAACACUUUGCUAUUAAAAUUGGGAGUUACUUUCAAAACACUACAAACAAUGUUUGAUUUAAAAUUACUUUUAUCCAAAAGCAAGUUUAAAAUCAAGCGUCUGUUUUACCAAAAUUUAAAAAUUACACAGAAAUUUCCUCGCGUGUUAAAAUAAAUUCAGCAUGUUGCUAUCAAGGUUUUUUGUUUUUGAGGAUAAUCCAGAUAUUUUUAGAUUGAUCCAGUGGAUUUCUAAGUUUUUGUUCCAGUAUUAAUGCACAUGAUACACUAUCUGAAUGUUUGUCGUCAUGUCAGUUAAUUACAAAUGUUUCUUAAACACCACAACUAGAAAUUAAACAUUAUUAUAGUGUUACACAACUAUAAAUUAUAAAGUAAACAUGCAUCAGAAUCCGUGGUCAGUAAUAAUCCUCCCUGGACAAAAUGGAGUAAAUCAGCUGUUGUCUACGUGUGUUUAGUGUUGAAGUAAAACGACGUGUAAUCUGAACUCGACACACAGAUGUGUUGAAGAUGAAAGAGGUUAUCAUCUGUGUGUUUGUACUCAUGUUCACUCUUUUAGAUUCUUCAGUUUGGAGGAUACAAGUGCAAUAUGGUCUCCGUGUGUGCGUUCCCUCUUCUCACCUCACUCCGGAUUAUUGAUGAA